CAUCUAGCGGAUGCUUUGGGGAACUACAUGAGGAGAGCACCGUCAGACUCUACUAUCUGUAUCCGGGUCAGGGGGUAGUAAUGUCGGCCACCAUGGAGACAGCAGCCGGUGUGAGCAAUAUGCUGCAAUUCAUGAAACUUAUCGGACAACUCAAAAGGGUCCCAAGGACCGGCUGGGUGUACAGGAACGUGAAGAAGCCAGAGAGUGUAUCGGACCACAUGUACCGCAUGGCCAUGAUGUCUCUGACCAUCACAGACCCCACAGUGAACAAGGACAGAUGCAUAAAGCUGGCUCUGGUUCAUGACAUGGCAGAGUGCAUUGUGGGAGAUAUCGCUCCAUCAGACAACAUCAGUAAAGCUGAGAAACACAGGCGAGAAGAGGAGGCGAUGAAACAUCUAUCAUCUCUUCUGCCGGAGGGACUCAAGCAGGAAAUGUAUGGACUCUGGGAGGAAUAUGAAACCCAGAGCAGUGCAGAGGCCCGGUUGGUGAAACAGUUUGACCUCCUGGAGAUGAUCCUGCAGGCUCAUGAGUACGAGGAGCUGGAGGGAACACCGGGAAGACUGCAGGAGUUCUUUGACUCCACUAAAGGUCGUUUCCAUCACCCAGACGUGCUCCAGCUCCUCAGCUCUUUGAAUGAAGAGAGAGGAUGUCACAUGACUAAAACGGAUGAAACAAAGAACUCGCAGACGACCGGCGCGGCAACUUCACACACCUCCUGACUGUAAUACACACACACACACCUCCUUAGCGGAGGGACUGUAACACAAAGUGUGUCUACGAGGAUUCACAAACACGUCACAGGAUCAGUGGGGAAACUGUGUUGUUGGAGUUUCAACUGUCUUCAAAAUCUCUUCAUUUUUGACACAUUUUACUGCAGUGCAACUGACGAUGAUGGCACAUGGAUAUCUUCUAUGUGCAU